AUGAGUAAGAAAAUGCAAAGCGCCAUCAUCUCCGCCCUCCUGGCAGGGAGGACGUGGAUCUUUGAAGAUGACGAGACUCUGAAGGAGAUAUACGGGCUAGGCCCGGAUAUGUUCAAGGAGCCACACCAGCACCUGUCAGACAAGCAGCGGGUGUCAUUGAACACCAUGCUUGAUGUUGCAGAGGCAUUGGCCGGCAAAGACCGUUACGAGAUUCUUGAAGGCAAAGAACAGUCUGGAUGGGGUGCAGGGCGAGAUGCCCUAAACCACUGGUUCAAGGAACAAAAGGUUUCUGCAGCUUUCAUAGAACGGAUUGACCAAGCCUUGGAAGUGUCACAGGUACUACCUAUCCAACUCAUUCAGAGAGAGAAAUCCGAGGAGUUCCCAGAGGUAAAGGAUGCUGAGAGCGGUAAAGAGGAUGUCGUCCUUGCGAUCCUGGGGACUGAAGCGUUGUCAAGGCCAUUGACUGGAGAAUUUCGUGAUGCAUGCAACACCAUCCUCCAUCACGCCUGGGAGCGCCAUCGCAAGCGAUACCGGCGGGCAAAGGAGGCAUUGGGAAAGAAACGCAUCAAAUCAAUGUCAUUGGUGAAACAAAUCGAGGACACAAAAGAUGUCACCAAAAAGAUGUUGCGCGAUGCCACCAAGGCUGUGAAGGCAUACAGGGAUGCCGUUGCAUGGUUUCCCGCUGAAGAGGAGAAAGCAAAUGGCUUGGCUGAGCACGAGGAAUUUUUAAAGCAAGUCGUGGUCACGGCUGUGGCACAGGCGAAGAAACGGCCAAAGGAAAAGAUUGCAGCAGAGAGUCCCAACUCACCAGCGAGAGGACGCGGGGCUUCGCGCGCUUGCAGGGUGAAGCCAGUGGCACUGGCGGCCGCUGGCGAUAUCGACGAGAUUUGGGCAUUGUACGUCCAACUAUUUGAGGUUGUCCCAGGGGAGGCAUUGGUGCCACAAAUGGACCUUGACGAUCGGAACCCCAGCGGUCAGGACGAUUGGCAACGAAGUGAUGACCUGGGUGUGGAGGGGUUCAGCAAUAUGGACGAUGCCCAGCUCAACCAUCUCCUACAAUUCCCUGGUGGGCGCCCAGCUCUCUUCGCAGAAUUUCGUUCGCAGAGCGGAAAAUGUGCGUGGGACAAGGCAGUUUCGUUGGACUUCAUUAAGGGCAAUGCGGACAUGCAACCACUGUCGCUGCUGUGGCAUCAACGCGUGGGAGUCGCUGCACUAGCGGACAAGAUGUGGUUGAAGAAGGAAAAUUCGGACGGUGUUCCUGGAGUACUAGUGGCGGACGAAGUGGGUGUUGGGAAGACAGCGCUAAUGAUGGGCGCGAUUGCAAUGAUUAUCGAUGCAUACUGGGUUCAGGAGGUAGCCGCAGGUCGAGGGAAACCCACAGGCGUCACGGUAGAUCUGAAUAAGACAAAUAUGCGCAAGGCACCUAUGCUAGAAGAGCGCCCGUUUUUCGCAGGCCAAGCCACUAUCCCCAGCCUCCCUCACGUCAUUGUGGUGCCCAACUCGUUAGUGCGUCAAUGGUAUGCUGAACUAAGGACCUUCUUUGCCCCGAAGGCAGUGGAAAUUUAUGAGUAUCCGACUGCAGAAAAGCAGUUCCGUGCAUUUUGGACAGGCGACUGGGCAACUUCGAAGACACCACUGGUGAAUCGCAUCAUCCUGGUAUCUCAUUCAGUGAUGACAACAUCAGGGAAGGCCUUCGAUGUCAGGAAAGGUAAGGCUAGCAAGAACACUGGAAAAGCCACAGAUGCGCAGCGUCGCAUCAAAAGUCCGGCGCUGAUGAAGACCUGCAUUUGGUUUGAGCAGAAGUUCCUCACAUGUGUAGUCGAUGAAGGUCACGUAUUCCGCAACCUAACUGCAAAUUUUUAUGCGCUGCUGGAGCUCACGAAAGCAGCGUUGGUGUCCCUGCUAUGUACGGCCACACCACUAUAUACAAGUCCCAAGGACUUGUGCAAUUUGGGUCGGCUGGCAGGUAUACCAUACUUUUGUGGGCACCAAGGAGACGAUCGUGAGAAGGAGCAUUGGAAGUUGCUGCGGGCGGCACGCCGCGCAAUCAGUCGCCAAGACAAAGAAGAGGCAGCAACACACACAAUCAAAAUAUUAGCUGGCGGGGCAACAACAGCAACAACACAGUAUGAAGAAUCAGCAUCCACCGCACGUGCGCGUGAUGUCACAAGGAAGUGGAUCAGCGACAUCAAGCAAGGGUAUAACGGACGUGUGAUCAGACGCACAGUUGAAUCUAAGACACACGACGGGAAGAAGAUCAACGAUACGUUGCCCCCAUACCUGAUGAUAAUUGCCCCUGUGCACAUGAAGGGCGAUGAGAUGGAGAACAUCAAUGAUGGCUUGGAUCAUAUUUCCAACAAGACAGUGGGGGACAUCUUGGGUGACAGUGAAAGGUUUAACAGGAAAUUUUACCUUGUAGCGCGCACCAAGGCGGCAUUCCCUCGUCAUACAUCCCCAAUAUAUCCCAUCGUGAAGACGCUGGAAGAGUGGUCCAAUGUUAGAUCAACUAAAGUCGACGUUCUGGUUACUCUCCUCACUUGGCAUCUGGAGUCUGACGAGCACCCUGUUCACGAGUUUAACGUGGACAGCAAUUUCACUGAAGGUGCAGCGGACCAGGCACAUGUCAAGAACGCUGGCGCUGAGCCAUCACAGCGCGACUCAGAGGACGAUGUCAAGAAUGAAGGUCAGGACCUCUGCCCCAAUACUCGGAAUCAGAAGUUCCCGCACCUGAUGUCGAUGGGCAAGCGCAAGAUUCUUGUCUAUACCGAGUUUCCUAUGAUGGUACCUCUCCUCUCCUCUGUGCUCAAACUGCAUAACAUUGUUCCGCUGACACUCAAUGGGAGUCAUGGCAUGGAUGAACGAAAUGAAAUCGUCAAGAAAUUCAACACGGAUCCAUCAGCGCGCGUCCUACUGUUCUCCAAUGUUGGUGCCGUGGGACUUAACCUUACAGUUGCCAGUGUAGUCAUUCUCUUUGAUCAGUGUUGGUCUCGUAUGUUGGUGAACCAAAUAAUUGGACGUGCGUGGCGGCUGGGGCAGCAGGAGGUUGUCUUGGUGUACAACAUGGUGGCGCUAGGUACCGUUGACGUGCUUAUGGUUGAGCAUGGUGAAGGGAAAGGUACAAUGUUAGAGCAGUUUUUGUCUGCUAAUUCAGGGGUUGCAAAUCGCUUACAGCUGGCGGCCGCAGGUGGACGGCACAUCCAAGACUGUGACAACGACGGCGAGGAAGACAGCACCAGUGAUGAUGACAUCGAGGUGCAGGAGACAAGCCCCAACGCACCAUCCCAGCCAGUCGCUGGAUCCCCGCGGGACACUGUCUCUCGCAAGUCGUACACACGGCCUGUCAAAGUGAUGAAGACAGGCAGCAAAUGCAGUGGCAGUGAAGAUGGUGAGGUCUUGGACUUGACCCUUCCUGAUGACAGCGAGCACGACAAGGGAGAGCAAACUGCGCUAACACCCAAAGGGAAGAGCAAGAGCAAAGGAGAGCCUACCCUGAUGGCAGCCACCGCACAAAAAGGCAAAGACAAGGCGAACGCGACUGAAUCACCACCCGAUGGCAGCCCCCCUCUACCCGCAGGAGGAAGUUCACCACCUGCAGGUCCCCUGACACGCGCAGGGGUGGAGUUAAAGCCCGAGACACACCUGCAGUCCCUUUUGGGAGCCACAAUGGACGUUGGCUCCAAUUUUGCCGAUGUUGACAAUGAUGUGUCUCCCUGCGACGACGCUAAUAUGUUUGACCCAUUGACAAUGGAGAACGACAUGCUAAUGUCGCCACAGGAGCGCGAGCGGAUGGGUGGCCUGCUUGACGAGCCUACACAGAUGAUGUCAAGAGCAUCGCUAGCGACUUCUCAGCCUAUCCAAAACCACACUAGCAAUCUAUCACAUAGUCGAAGCUGGAAAACCAUCGCUAAACGGCGGCGCAGCAGCACCGCAUCAUCAGGCUCGUCCUCCACUAACACUUGUCCUCCAAAGAGUCCACCGCAUAUUUCGCCUCCAAGGAAAAAGGUUGCUGUGCUUGCCUCGGGGGCGAGUUUAAGUAUUGUCACGCAUAGCAUACGUCGGCCCUUGCGAUCCUACAGUGCUGCCCCUAUCCCUACGAACGCUCCUGUCCCUCGUGGUGCAAGGAUAGGUCCUGGCUUUUUCCGUGGUAGAGAAACAGGCAAUUAUACCCGCAGCACUCGCUGA